CUCCCCGUUUGAAAAUUGGUGAGAAAUGGACGGAUCCGCGGAUUCCCGUCCGAAGGUAACGUGGCCUGCGGAGGGCGCGGGCGCCACCAGCAACGCGGGCGACCUUCUCGCCGCCCUCAACCAGCAGGUCGACCCUGGAGAGGACCCCAGGAACAUCGUCAGCGCGGAGGGACAGCGCCGGAAACUGGCUAAUGACUUGCAGGUGUACGAGCGUCAGGUGGAGGUGAUGAAAGCGAUGGUGGGCAACCUGGGCGAGGUCGCGAGCGGCAAAGAGGCGGCCCUGAGCAACCUGAGGGCAGGCGUGCGCGCGUUGAAGGACGCCGGCACCGCCCUGGACGGGCUGGCGUCGCAGCUGCGGCGCCAGCGGCACCUGAGCAGCGAGGAGGAGCUGGCGCCGCUGCGCCGACAGCUCGACGACGACGCCUACAACGUCGAGCGGCUGCGGCAACUCGUCGCCUCGUGCAAGAGCGACGUCGACGGCACCACCAGCGCCAUCGCCGCGCUCAAGGAACGCACGGCCGACGAACUAAACGCACUCAGGUACGCAGAUGCCAUUGAGUAUAGAUUUUAA